AUGUCAGAUCAGCAAACCAAACGUCUACAUUUUGUUUGUGGUUCUUACGACGGAACAGUAUUUGCCAUGUCUUAUGAACCCGCAAAAGGUCAAGACAGUGGCCCAUCUAGACUGAAAGCUGAGUUUAUUGAUCCUGAGGCACAUACUGGUCCUGUUACAGCUCUUGCUGUAUGUGGAGAUACUGUUGCAUCGGGGAGUGGUGAUGAAGCCAUUCAGCUAUUUUCUGUUUCUCAACGUCAUCGGAUGGGGUGUCUGGAGUUUCAUACCGGCACAAUUCGUCACUUGAUAUUUGCGGACUCCCGUCAUAUUCUCAGUUCCGGGGAAGACUCAUGUAUCGCGAUUUGGCGUUGUAGUGGAAGCGCUAAAAUCACUCAGAAUUCUCAUAAGUGGCAGUGCAUUCGUCAGAUGCGUCGCCACAAGGCUUCUAUUAGAGCUAUGACUCUACAUCCCUCAAAGCGUCUUGCCUUCAGUAUUGCUGACAGUGAUGGCGACCAUACCUUGAGAAUCUGGUCUUUAACUCGUGGCCGCCAAGCCUAUACCACUCGCCUUCGAGCGUUAAACGCCGAGGGAGCAUCAAAUAUCUCAGUUUUUAAAGAGGGAUCUCAUCAUUUUCUCUUUGUUCAGGUUGCUACCGCCACAUCUCACCGUCUAGAUGUUCUUGAUCUGAACCACGUUUCACAUAAGGCAAUAUUUUCAGCUCGAUUUCCAGUUCUUCUUUCUCAGCCUCCUGUCGUUUUCCAUGUGGACGAGGAUUGUAUUUACCUUCUCGUGGGAAUCGGAAGCCUCUUAAGAGCCUACAAAUGCCAAAUCGGUGGAAGUAAAAUGGAAGCGAUUGCCGAGAGUCGUAUUCAAGGGAAAAGGUUUAAAUUUUUGAAGGCUUUGUCAUCUCACGAGAUUGGAAAAUUGAUUGCCAUGGUGACGUCGGAUGCUGAUGGCUCCUAUGUAAGGGGAUACAUUUUGGACUUCGAGUUCAUUAAGGCGAAGUCAGAUGGAGAUAAGUCACUUCCUUCACUAGGCUUGAAGCCAGUCUUUACCUAUGACGUUCCUGGAAUUAGAAUCACUCAGGCAGAUGCCGUUUGGACUAAUCCUAGUGAGGAAAAUGAAGAAGAUGAGAUUAUUUUACGGGACGUUGAAUUGGACGGCAAUGAUGAAGAAUCAGAUGAAACCUCGGAUGUUUCAGUAGAAGAGGAUCUUAAUGGUGCGUCUGAGUCUGAUGAAAACUAA